AUGAAGUUCCUUAUAGUGUUUGCAUUUUUAAUCUUGGCUGCUUUAAAAAUUAUAGGGGCUUCAUUAAGCAAGGAGGACGCAAUAACAUUUGCAACAGGUUGUAAAGAUGUAGCUGGUGCAUCAGAUGCCGACCUUGAGGCCAUUGUUAAACAUCAACCUGUCGAGAGCAAAGAGGGCAAAUGUAUGCGUGCCUGUGUUCUAAAAAAAUUCGAAAUUAUGAGCGACGAGGGUAAAUUGCUUAAAGAUGCAGCCUUGGAAAUUUCAAAAUCUCUUAUAAAGAAUGAGGAGCAAAAAGAGCUAGUUGCUGGUAUAAUUGAUAUCUGUGACGAAUUAGAAGUUAGUGAUGAUCACUGCGAAGCUGCUGAAGAAUACGGUCGGUGUUGGAGAAGUGAAACUGAGUCUAAAGGCAUCACAUCAGCUGAAGAUUUACUUAAAUGA